AUGGAGUGGGCAAAAGAUAUUCCAUGCAAAAACAUUAAUAUACAUGGCUAUUGUAAAUAUGAAAACAAGGGUUGUGCGUUUAAACAUGAUUUUAAUAUGAAAGAUAACCAAACUCCUCCAUCUUCUGCCUCAAAACUGCUUAAUGCGAUAUCAAUUAAGACAAGCAAAAAAUUCAAUAUGGGCUCUCAGAGUUUCAAGCCCCUAAAGAAGAAAUUUGCUGUCUCUGCUUCAAAAUUGGACAACAUUCCUGUUUUUGUCCCAAGCACAAUUUUUAAACCAUCUUCCUCAUCUGCCUCAACUUUGUCAAGAUAUAUUCCGAUAGUCGGUCUCUAUGCCCCAGUUACCACAUCUGCUACAAGUGCUACUGCAGUUUCUGCAGUCUCAGCAGUUCGUCCUGAAUUAUUUUUUUCUCAACCCAUACAGUAUCAUUGUUAUGCUCCAGCUCCACCGCCUCAUUUUGAGAUGCCAAUAGAACCUUACCAAAGAAAUCCCCAAUCAUUUUUCUUGGAUAAUAAUUUAAGAGAAUCAUUGCAGAAAAAAAAUGAAGCAACCAACCAAGUAUUGCCCAAUUUUGGAGGAUUGCCUGAGAAUAUUCACAUUUAUCACUCCCUAGUUCUUUUAGACAAUUUCAAUCACAAAGUAAAUUUAAAAUACUAUGGUGUACCAAGUUCACUUUAUAAAGUAUAUUCUAACUAUGAUGGUAACGUAUAUGCAUUGAGAAGACUAGAAGGCUUUAAAAUUACAGAUGAAAAGAGUAUUUCAUCGAUCAAAGCUUGGAGCAGUUUAAAAUGUGCAAACGUUGUUAAAUUACACGAGGCUUUUACUAGUAUGGCAUUUGGCGAUAAUUCAUUAUUUUUAGUAUAUGAUUUUUAUCCACUAGCAAAAACCUUAAAAGAGACACAUUUUGGAGAUAGCACUGGGGCUCUUCCAGUUCAAAUAAAUGAGCCAUUAUUAUGGAAUUAUAUGGUACAAAUCACUAACGCAUUGAUUUGCAUUCACGAAAUGAGAUUGGCAGCAAGAUCUUUGUCAAUUAAUAAAAUCAUUGUUACUAACCAGGGGAGAAUCCGGUUGUCAGACUGUGGAACGUUUGAUAUAAUUAAAUAUUCCAGAAAUAAUAACUUGAUAGAUGUAAUACAAAAAGAAGAUAUAUUGAAGUUUGCCGAUAUUAUACUCACACUAGCCAAAUCCAGUUUGCCUGCUGGAACUUGGAACCAAGAAAAUUCGAUAUUAAUAAAAUUUCUACCCUUUAGUGAAAACUUCAAAAAAAAUCUAAACAUACUAUACGCCAUGGCACAAUCUGAAGAAAGCUCAUUGUCCCAGCUAAAAUUGUUUGCUUCAGAUAUAAGUUUGUACGCAAUGAAAACAAUAGAUUAUUUGCAGAACUCGUGCGAUUUCAUGGAAAGUCAAUUGUCAAAAGAAGUUGAGAAUGGGAGAUUGUUCAGAUUGGUAACAAAAUUGGGAUUCAUCAACGAAAGACCUGAGUUCGACCAUGAUCCCUCAUGGUCUGAAUCUGGGGAUAGGUAUCCAAUCAAGCUAUUCAGAGACUAUCUCUUCCACCAGGUGGACAGCUCAGGAAGGCCGGUUCUCGAUUUGUCUCAUGUUCUAACAUGCCUAAACAAGUUGGACACAGGAAUCGAGGAAAAGAUCUUGUUAGUUGCACCCAACGAACAGAACUGCAUCAUCAUCUCAUAUAAAGAACUAAAGGACUGCAUAGAGUCUGCUUUCCACGACCUUUCUCGGUACAGCAACUGA